AUGCCAUCGCCCAUGGCACCUCUUGCCCGCGUGCAGGCUCCUCUGCGGAGGGCUCUCGCCUCGUCGGCUCGCUCCCGAGCCUUUGCCACCGUUCCUCCCACCUUCGGCACGACAUCCGAAGCUGCAUCGCAACCCCCGAAAGCCCGCAGACCGACCUACUUCAAGGACAAGAGUCUCGCGUCGCUGGACGACUUCAUCGCGAGCAAGGGCGACCCCGCGGCCCUCUCCGAGGCUGAGGCCUACGAGAUUCGCACCGUUGAGGUCACGGGCCCGACGGGCAAGAAGAAGACCAUCACCCGCCUCCCGGAGUGGCUCAAGACGCCCAUCCCCGCCGGCAACGAGAACUACAAGUCCAUCAAGAAGGAUCUGCGCGGUCUGGGAUUGCACACGGUAUGCGAGGAGGCCAAGUGCCCCAACAUCUCCGAGUGCUGGGGCGGCUCCUCCAAGAGCGCGGCGACGGCGACCAUCAUGCUCAUGGGCGACACGUGUACGCGCGGAUGCCGUUUCUGCAGUGUAAAGACCAACCGCGCGCCGGCGCCGCUGGAUCCCCAUGAGCCGGAGCACACGGCCGAGGCGCUGGCUAGGUGGGGGUUGGGAUACGUUGUUCUGACGUCCGUUGACCGCGAUGACCUGGCGGACGGUGGAGCGCGGCACUUCGCCGAGACGAUUAGCAAGAUCAAGGCCAAGAAGCCGAGCCUGCUGGUCGAGGCGCUGACGGGCGACUUCAUGGGCGACUUGGACAUGGUGAAGAUUGUGGCGGAGAGCGGACUGGAUGUGUACGCGCACAAUGUUGAGACGGUGGAGGCGCUGACGCCGUAUGUGCGUGAUCGGAGGGCUACGUUUGCACAGAGCAUCAAGGUGCUUGCACGGGUCAAGGAGGUGAAGCCUGAGAUGAUUACCAAGACGAGUUUGAUGCUUGGAUUGGGCGAGCAGGAGGAGGAGAUUAUGGAUGCUUUGAGGCAACUCCGCAAAGCAAACGUCGACGUCGUCACCUUCGGCCAGUACAUGCGCCCGACGAAGCGCCACCUCAAGGUCGAGAAAUACGUCACUCCCGACGAGUUUGAGAUGUGGAAGCAGCGCGCGCUGGAUAUGGGAUUCCUGUACUGUGCCAGCGGUCCUCUGGUGCGUAGCAGUUACAAGGCCGGCGAGGCGUUUAUCGAGAACGUGCUGCGCAAGAGGGCGGGCGAGAAGGCUGGCAUGGCCGCGAGCGGAAGGCUGGGCCAGACUGUUGCUCUGGAGGAGGGUUUCAAGACGCUUUAG